AUGGUAAAUAGUCUUUAUAAAGAGGAAUGUAAGAAAGCCAAGGAAAGGUGGCUGCAGGAGAAAUGUGAUGAAGUAAAGAAUCUCAGCUCAAGAGUCAGAAGAUCUAGUCCUGGAAGCUGUUAUUUGGUCCAGCAAAUGAAAUCCAGGAAAGUUACAGGUGGUGACGGCUUAUACACUGAAAUGCUCAGGGCCUUAGGAGAAAAAGGUAUUGAUCUCAUCUGGAACAUCCUAAAGAAUAUCUAUGAAACAGUGUCCGACAAGGCUUGUGUAAUGUCACCUGACCUCUUCAAUUUAUACUCUAAAGUUAUCCUGCAGGAGAUUAAAGAUUGCCAGAGGGGAAUCAAUAUCAAUGGUUGCAAGAUCAACUUUCGUUAUGCAGAUGAUACAGAUCUCAUAGGCCAUGACAACAGCAAGAAAACAAAAUGCAUGGUAGUUUCGGUCAGAGCUCCCAUCAACUUGUCCACUGAAAAAGGGAGAAGGAGAAAUUUGACAGGCUUCCUCCGGCCGGCUAUGAGCGAGAAACAGGUGAGCAACUUCGGGCUGCUGGACCAGAUCGCGGCGCUGCACUGGGUCAAGGAGAACAUCGGCAACUUCGGCGGCGACCCCGACAGAGUGACCAUCGUGGGCCACGGAACGGGCGCCGCUCUCGCCAACCUGCUGCUCAUCUCGCCCGUCGCGAAGCCAGGCCUGUUCCAUCGCGCCAUCCUUAUGAGCGGCUCAGCGCUGAGUCGCUGGGCGGUGACGUGGGAUCCUUACAAGUACACCAUUCAGGUGGCCAAGGCGCUGGAGUGCCCCCUCACGGACCAGAGCAGCGAGCUGGUCAACUGCCUGCGCGACAAGAGCGUGGAAGAGCUGCUCAGCGUGCGCCUGACCGUGCCGCCCUUCACCACGGCGCUCGGGCCCAUCGUCGACAACAUCAUCGUCAAGGACGACCCUCAGAAGACAAUGAAGGAGGGCUCGCGGCUGGGCACUUACGACCUGCUAUACGGCGUGGCGCUGGCGGAGAGCUACCACAUGCUGACGGCGAGGGAGGUGCAGGAGGGGAUGACGGAGGAAAGGAGGAAUCGCCUCGUCAGGGCCUACGUCAACAACAAUUUCAAACAUCAUGCGUCGCAAGUGUACCCGACGGUGAUGACGCACUACCAGCCGUGGAGCAAGGCGCCCAUCGUCGACGACCAGAUGGUCCGCGACCAGACGCUCGAGAUCCUGAGUGACGCGCAGAUCACGGCGCCCGUCGUGCAAAUGGCCAACCUGCACUCGAACCUCAACCAGAAGAGCUACUUCUACUGCUUCAGUCACCAGAGCGCGUUCGGCGACUACUUGGUGGACCAGGGCACAGUGCACGGGGAGGAACUGGCGUACGUGUUCGGCGCGCCCUUGGUCGGCGGCUUCAACCACUUUGGCCUCAACUACACGAGGGACGAAAAGUUUCUCUCUGAACUGGUCAUGACUCUGUGGUCUAACUUCGCAAGAACUGGGAGUCCAAAUCUUCCUACUCCUCAGUCAUUUUUAACUCCCGAAAUGGGGCCUUACUGGGGAGAGAACCUCCAGACAAUGUGGCCUCAGUACCGAAAACUUACUCAAGAAUAUCUUAAUCUAGACAUGAAGGUGGUCAUCAAAAGCCACUACCGCGCUCGCACGCUCGCCGUCUGGAACCACCUGAUCCCCGAGCUGGUGUCCGCUUCGUCGAGGCCGUAUGUGCCGCAUCAGCUGACCACCACCGCGAUCACGCUCGUGCCCACGGUGCGGCCUCGCCUCCUCUUCACGACGCCCAAGUGGAAGCCGAAGUCCACCUACAAGCCUCCAGAGACGACCCCCGCCCCUGACCCUCCUCCUCCUCCUCCUCCUCCUCCGCCAUCCGUUCAGUACGAAUCUGUGAGCCCUCCGGGACCCUCACCCCCGCCCGUCUAUGCCGGCACGCCCAUCAGCAUCGUCAUUCUGGUCGGCAUCGCCAUCCUGUUCAUCAACUGCUGUGCGAUGGGCGCCGUGUACUAUCAGAGGGACAAGAUCAAGUUCCAGUCCAAGUUUCUGCGGAGGUUCCGGAGAGGCAAUUCGGAGGCGGACGAGGAGGAGUGCGCGUCGGAGGCGCCCUCGCUCAGCGCCUCCGCCAAGGGGGAAAGGAAGCGUAAGAAGAGUCGCAGCGACUACGAAGUAAGCGACUCGGUCCAAUCGGACUCCGUCUCGCGAGCGUCGGCCGUGUCCAGGGAGUCCGGCAGCAAGAAGCGGCAACACUCGCAGUCUUCACGGGACGUCUCGCCUCCUUCCACAAAUAAGCACCACGAAGCGCCCAAGAGCUCCCACAAGAAUAACUCCAGCAAGACUUCCAAGAGUGGUCACCGGCGACACAAGAGUGAGGUGUCGAUUUACAGUGAAAUUGGACGCACGGCAGACGUCCACGUACACGCUGACGCGUCAGGUUCUCGGUCCGUGUCGAGGUCCAGCAGCAAGAGGAGCCCCACGGUGAAGUUUGACACCGUGGGCUCGGGCCUCCCGCCGAAGAGCGUCACGAAGAGCACAACGUCCAUCUCCUCGAAGGCCUCGAUUACUUCCCAUGCCUCGGCAAAGAGCACAAGUUCCCGUGCGUCUGUAAAAAGCACCACUUCAGAAAAGCGCUUAAAGAAGAACGCGAGUUGCCAGAGCCUUCCGACAGCAGAAUACAGCUGGGGCAUCACGAAGGAAAUGACGAUGACGGAAAGGGACGAUCCAGAGGGACACGACGACCAGAGGACACCUGUGGACCGACAGCAUACAGUAGCCGCUAUGCAGAAGCUUAAUUACCCAAAGGUCUUACCCGACCAUCCCGACGGCAUGCACGCCGCCACCCUUCCCAAAAUGAGGCCUCCGCCUCCGCCGCGAUCUACGUCUCUAACAGCUAAAGACAUUCAGGAAUUAGAAGAGAAAAUCCAUGUUGUGUACCGCACAAAAAAGAGGACUCCAAGGCGGGAUGCUUCUACCGACUCGUGUGAUCUUAGUGGCCUUGAUGUUUAUGGGGUGGGCGGGGACAAACUUGCCUCUUCCUCCUUGUUUGGGACAGCAGCACCAGUGGCGACCGUCAGCAGAUCUCGCUCCAGAAAGAGUGAUGGCACUGGCGAUUAUGGUCACAGUGCAGACUAUCUUCAGCAAGGAAAAACUGCAGACUAUGGCCGCCAAGGAACGUCUGUAGACUAUGAUAAAACUGGAGGCAAAACAGCAGAGUAUGCUCGUAAGGGAGCUACUGAUCCCUAUAGCAGGUAUGACACUUAUGAGCCUACUUAUAUUUACAAGGACAGUAGAGUAAAAUCUGCACAAAAAAAUCCUGCAACUUCAGAGAUGAGUAAUCCCAAUAAAACUUAUGAGUCAUAUGGGGAAGCCAGACCUGCUCGUGUUCCCCUCGCUACAUUUGGCAAAAUGGGUAACCAUUCACCAGGAGACGGAGCCUCCUAUACUGAUCAGACAAGGCUACGUCAAAACUAUGAUCCAAGUAUGACAAUGCCAAAUGCAACUGCUAUCGUGACAGCUGCAGCACAGACAGCAUUAGCUACUGCCACUGCACCUGCAUUUGUUGGAGCCUCUAACCCAGGGCGUUCCACUUCCAGAAACAUUGCCCCUGUGCCAGCUGCCACUCAUACCUGUGCACUCCGCCAGCAGUCCUCCGUGACAUCAGGAUCAGACACCAGUACAGUGUACGAGCAGAGUGAGAAUACUGGUACAAUAAAACGCAAGAAAUCCAUAAAGAAAGAGAACUCCAAGAACACUUCUAUUUCCAUUUCUACCCCGUCUACGAUCCCCGCCGAAAAGCCACUAAAGGGCGUGCUUAAACAAACGUCUGCUUAUGACAAGCCAAAGCCCUUGAUGGCGAAGGCGCCAGGGGCAUCUCCAAGUGCCUCGGCCUCGAGCAUCAGCAGCACGGAAGUCGGGAGUGAGCCGAGUGGGAGCAACGCGGUCAAACACGAAGUUGCUGGUAAAUCCUCCUCAAUGAAAAGAGUUAACAGAGUGGCCACGCCGGGCGCCACGAGACGCAAAGGCAAAAGUGAUAAUCAGACCUCAACUGAUGUGCAAACUGAACCGGCCAAGUGACUUUGAACCAUGUUAUUUUAGGGUCCCAAUAUGCUUUUCAUAAUCAUGUGAGUGAAAAUACUCGCUCAAGAUUUACAUUAAACUUUUCACAAAUGCCGUGACUCAAUAUUGAUAUUCAUAUCAAUUUGUAUAGUUCUAUUUUUCUAGAACUUUGUUGUUUUGCAUGAGUCCGACACGUCAUGUCCUAACACUUCAGUGUUGAAAGGGCAUCAAUGCAGGACUCUCAGGUUCGUUGGUAGAUGUCUCGUGUCCUCAAGAGGAAUCCAUAGUGGUGGAUGCAGUGGGGAAUGGGGAAAACCCUCAACAUAAUCCUCGAACCAGUGCAAUUCUAUAUUUCAAUGUUCCGA